CCCCUGCCCAGCCCGGCGACUGGGGGGGACCCCGGCCCAUGAGGUGGACGCCCCCUCGGAGGACGCGGGUGCCGAGCCAGGCGCGAAGGUCUUGAGUCAGAGCGCCACCCUUGGGGACUCUGGAACACUAUCAUGGAGACCGAGAGUGAGCAGAACUCCAACUCCACCAAUGGCAGUUCCAGCUCUGGGGGCAGCUCUCGGCCCCAGAUAGCUCAGAUGUCCCUGUAUGAACGACAAGCAGUGCAGGCUCUGCAGGCACUACAGCGGCAGCCCAAUGCGGCGCAGUACUUCCACCAGUUCAUGCUCCAGCAGCAGCUCAGUAAUGCCCAGCUGCACAGCCUGGCUGCCGUCCAGCAGGCCACCAUCGCUGCCAGUCGGCAGGCCAGCUCCCCAAACACCAGCACCACCCAGCAGCAGGCUACCACCACCCAGGCCUCAAUCAAUCUGGCCACCACGUCGGCUGCACAGCUCAUCAGCCGAUCCCAGAGUGUGAGCUCUCCCAGUGCCACCACCUUGACCCAGUCUGUGCUACUGGGGAACACCACCUCCCCACCCCUCAACCAGUCCCAAGCCCAGAUGUAUCUACGGCCACAGCUGGGAAACCUGUUGCAGGUAAACCGGACCCUGGGCCGGAAUGUGCCUCUAGCCUCCCAACUCAUCCUGAUGCCUAAUGGGGCAGUGGCUGCAGUCCAGCAGGAGGUGCCAUCUGCUCAGUCUCCCGGAGUCCAUGCAGAUGCCGAUCAGGUUCAGAACUUGGCAGUGAGGAACCAGCAGACCUCAGCCCAAGGGCCCCAGAUGCAAGGCUCCACUCAGAAGGCCAUUCCUCCCGGAGCCUCCCCUGUCUCGAGCCUCUCCCAGGCCUCUAACCAGGCCUUGGCUGUGGCACAGGCCUCGUCUGGGGCCUCAGGCCAGUCCCUCAACCUUAGUCAAGCUGGUGGAGGCAGUGGGAGUAGCAUGCCAGGGUCCUUGGGCCCAGGUGGAGGUGGCCAGGCGCCUGCAGGUUUGGGUCAGUUGCCUUCCUCCGGAAUGGGUGGUGGAAGCUGUCCCAGGAAGGGCACAGGAGUGGUACAGCCCUUGCCUGCAGCCCAAACAGUGACUGUGAGCCAAGGCAGCCAGACAGAGGCAGAAAGUGCAGCGGCCAAGAAGGCAGAGGCAGACGGGAGUGGGCAGCAGAACGUAGGCAUGAACCUGACACGGACAGCUACACCUGCCCCCAGCCAGACACUUAUUAGCUCAGCCACGUACACGCAGAUCCAGCCCCACUCACUGAUUCAGCAACAGCAGCAGAUCCACCUGCAGCAGAAGCAGGUGGUGAUCCAGCAGCAGAUUGCCAUUCACCACCAGCAGCAGUUCCAGCACCGCCAGUCCCAGCUCCUGCACACAGCGACACACCUCCAGCUGGCUCAGCAGCAGCAGCAGCAGCAGCAGCAACAGCAGCAGCAGCAAACCACAACCCUCACUGCCCCCCAGCCUCCACAGGUCCCACCUACUCAGCAGGUCCCCCCUUCUCAGUCCCAGCAACAAGCCCAAACCCUUGUUGUUCAACCGAUGCUUCAGUCCUCACCCCUGUCCCUCCCACCUGACCCAGCCCCUAAGCCACCCAUUCCCAUCCAGUCCAAACCACCUGCAGCACCUAUCAAACCUCCUCAGUUGGGAGCUGCUAAGAUGUCAGCUACCCAACAACCACCCCCCCAUAUCCCUGUGCAAGUUGUGGGCACCCGGCAGCCAGGUACAGCCCAGGCACAGGCUUUGGGGCUGGCACAGCUGGCAGCUGCUGUACCUACUUCUCGGGGGAUGCCAGGUGCAGUGCAGCCUGGUCAAACCCACUUGGCCUCCUCGCCACCUUCAUCCCAGGCUCCUGGUGCGCUGCAGGAGUGCCCUCCUGCAUUGGCCCCUGGGAUGACCCUUGCUCCUGUGCAAGGGACAGCACAUGUGGUAAAGGGUGGUGCUACUACCACCUCACCUGUUGUAGCCCAGGUCCCUGCUGCCUUCUACAUGCAGUCUGUGCACCUGCCGGGUAAACCUCAGACGUUGUCUGUUAAACGCAAGGCUGAGUCUGAGGAGGAGAGAGACGAUGUGCCCACACUGGGUUCAAUACUUCCUGCCAAGGCAUCUCCAGCAGCAGAGAGCCCAAAGGUCAUGGAGGAGAAGAGCAGUCUUGGAGAGAAAGCUGAACCAGUGGCCAAUGUGAAUGCUAACACCCCAAGCAGUGAACUAGUAGCCUUGACCCCUGCCCCAUCAGCACCACCUCCUACGCUUGCCAUGGUCUCCAGACAAAUGGGUGACUCAAAACCCCCACAGGCCAUUGUGAAACCUCAGAUUCUCACGCACAUCAUUGAAGGCUUUGUUAUCCAGGAAGGAGCAGAACCUUUCCCGGUGGGCUGUUCUCAGUUACUGAAGGAGUCUGAGAAGCCGCUGCAGACCGGCCUUCCAGCGGGGCUCAGUGAGAAUCCUUCAAGUGACCCCUUGGGAGGGGACAGCCCCUCUGCUGAGUUGGAGAAGAAGGCGAGCCUCCUGAAGUGCGAGUACUGUGGGAAGUACGCCCCUGCAGAGCAGUUCCGUGGCUCCAAGAGGUUCUGUUCCAUGACUUGUGCUAAGAGGUACAAUGUGAGCUGUAGCCACCAGUUCCGGCUGAAGAGGAAAAAAAUGAAAGAGUUUCAAGAAGCCAACUAUGCUCGUGUGCGCCGGCGCGGACCCCGACGCAGCUCCUCUGACAUUGCCCGGGCCAAGAUCCAGGGCAAACGCCACCGGGGUCAAGAGGACUCCAGCCGGGGUUCAGAUAAUUCCAGUUAUGAUGAAGCACUCUCCCCAACAUCUCCUGGGCCAUUGUCAGUACGAGCUGGGCAUGGAGAACGUGACCUGGGGAAUCCCAUUACAGCUCCACCUACACCGGAAUUACAUGGCAUCAACCCUGUGUUCCUGUCCAGUAAUCCCAGCCGCUGGAGUGUAGAGGAGGUGUAUGAGUUCAUUGCUUCUCUCCAAGGUUGCCAAGAGAUUGCAGAGGAAUUUCGCUCCCAGGAGAUUGAUGGACAGGCCCUUUUAUUACUUAAGGAAGAGCAUCUUAUGAGUGCCAUGAACAUCAAACUGGGCCCUGCCCUCAAGAUCUGCGCCAAGAUAAACGUCCUUAAGGAGACCUAAGAUGGCUCUCGCACAAUCCAGCCUGGGGCAGGCCCUCCCUACUGUCCAGGUUAUAGCCUGGUACCAGCAGACUGCAGGGAAGAGAGCACUGUUCCGAUUAUGUAACCUUCUAUAGGGGGACUGCCAAGACAGGGAAGAGAAAUGCAAGAAUUUGUUGCUGGUGCUACAUGCGGCAGCUUGACAUUUUCUCUGGGUUCUACUUUAUUUUUUAAAAUCUUUACAAUUCUCACCAUUCCGCCUGCCUGAAUCCAAUCACUGCAAAGAGGUGGUGUGCAGAACUAGGACCGCUCAGCCUUAUCCUGGAGUGGAGCGUCUAGCCAGGGUCUCAGUUCUCCCAGAGGAAUAUAUAGUGUACGGUAAGGCAAGGAAUGGGGGGAGUGUAGAUAUGCCUCCCCAAUGGGAGAGGUAAGGCUUUUCCUAGCUUGUGUGACACAAGUAGCAAAAUCUGGUACGUCCCGUCUUCCCUCUGGAUUGUUCCACUGUAGUUGUGGCUCAGAGUUUUCUUUGUGGUCACUACUUCUAGUAUUGAUGACUUCCUCCUGUGUCCAUGGCAGAGUCACCAGCCAGUAUAAGGUUUGGUUGGCAUCUUUUUGAUUUGCUGCAGGGACUGAAAGUGUUUGACUGGCACACAUGUGGCCGUUGUCAUUCUUCCUCCAUCCCCUUGCUCCCUUCCGAUUUAUCUGUUGUCUUCUACCUUUCUUUUCAGUUCCCACUCUGCUCUGUCCUAUAGCUUUAUAAAACUGGAGGGUGUGCGGCCAAGGUCAGGAGUGUAAGUAAGUACCUGCCUUGGCACUGUUCCUUAUACAACAAAAAUAUUAAAUAUUUUUUCUUCCUCAGUAAAAGGAUGAAAAUUGGUCUCAGUUGUCUUACUCCAUUUCAGUAUCUUUCACGCAAAUGACUAGGCCAACACAUCUUGUUUGUUUUUUAAUAUUACAUAUUUUUGUACAAAAAGUGGUGUAUUUUUUGCAUUUUAAAACACCAAGAUGGGGGAGGAAUGCAAACAUGUAACAAAAAAGAUGCUUUUAUAACAUUAUUUUCCCUGUUUAGAAAGAAAGUCAUUCCAAUAGUAUUGAAAAGUCCAAAGAUGAAUUUUCAUUUGCCUCUCUAAAGGCUUACAAAAAAGGCCCUGCCUGUGGAUUCCGUUCCUCUUUUGUGUCCAGUGGAGCCAUGUUACUCUGCAGUGGCCCAGAGGUUCACUAUACAGAAAUAGCAACAGAAAGAUGCGAGCAUCAGAGGAUUAAAAACCCGUCCCCACAGAAACGUGAGGGGACACUUCCCUGAGCCAGCAGAAGGGACGGGUGCAGCAGCCACUCUGCUCAGAGCAGAGGCUGGCACAGCCCUAAACGUCCCACUUCUGCUUCCAUUCCCUUUCCAGAAGAGUGAAGAAAAAAAAGUCAAAGCCACAUGCCUGUGAAGAAAGUGCAGCAUGUUUAGAAAUACUGGUGGAGGAACAAGGAAACUGUACAAAUGGGGAAGAAAACAAGAGAUCCCACCACAAGGUAAAGAGACUUUGGAGUCCCUGCAGCACAGGAGGCUGGGCCAGUUUCCUUCCCUUUCCCGACGGCCUGGAUUUCUGAAUUAGGCAUUUUGGCUACAUGUAGACCAAUACCUACAAGCCCACAAUUCCAACUAUAAAGUCACCCCAACACCAACAAAUGAUGUGGUGCAUCCUAUAAUCCUGUAGUUGGGAAAUUUCCUGUUUUUCCUGUCUUAAUCCCACAGGUGGGAGAGGCAAGUCUAGAACAUCCCAGGCUCAGGUCAUAUGGGAGCACUUGGACUGCAACCAAGUGAUCACUGUAAAGGAGUUCCAAGCAGCAAGAAAUUACAUCCAGGUUCUCAUAGAGACUAGUGUAGGGUACAGAGUAAUGGCAUGAAAGCAAUCAAACCUGUAUAAAUAAUGUCUUUUUUUUUUUUUUAAUUAAA